AUGGGAUUUCAGGCCUACGGCUCUGAACUGUGCACCAGCUCUAGAUUCCAGCACAUUCUCUCAGCCAACAGAGAGAGGUCUGCUGUGUCUCCUCCUCCACCAGUUCUGAAUGGUCAGAGUCCAGAGAUCGGAGCAGGUAGAGCGAGGACGGCCUGCUGGGUAGGCAUCCCAAUGCUGCACUACCCCACCGAGAAGAUGAAGGUCUCCUUGGUCUCCCUCCUCUUCCUCGCCAUCCUCAGCACAGCCUUCGCUCUCUACAUUCGCCAGAGAAUGCCUGAGUCGAUAAAACCUCUACCCAACUGUUGCCAUAAGUACUAUGAGAAAGAACUGCCGAAGAAACGGGUGGCGGGAUACAAAGAGGCCCUCAACUGCCACCUGCCAGCAAUCAUCUUUGUCACCAAGAAGAAUGUAGAAGUCUGUGCCAACCCUAAGGAGGAAUGGGUCAAAGAAUACAUCAAGGAUCCCAAAAUACCUUUGAUGCCUCACAAGAAUUUAGCCUAGUCUACAGUUGUCAGAAGAGUGGUCAGCCCCAGCUUCUCAGUUCUUGUUGACUAUGCUUCUGUGAAAGCCUAGGUUUGGGGGAGGAAGGCGGAAGCCCAUGAGAACACAACCAUGCAACAUCACAGUCAGGGCAGAGGAGCAGACCAGUGGCCAAAAUAAAGAGCAGUGCUUUGAAUUGUCUCAGUUUUGAAAGAAAAUGUCAGGGUUAGGGGAAGUAGAAAGUAACUCCUCUCUCUCUCUCUCUCUCUCUCUCUCUCUCUCUCUCUCUCUCUCUCUCUCUCUCUCUCUCUCUCUCUCUCUUCCUCUCUCUCCUGAUAUGUGACCCAUAUGAACGGGUUGUUGGAUCCCCUGGUUGAGAACCACUGACCUAUGUAUAAGCUCUUGCCCUGAAGUUCCCAGACUGUCCUGCCUCCUGACCUUGCUCCAGGCUGGGGAUUCAGCUCCUCUUUUAGUUCCACGAUAUUCCCCCAGAAUCUUAACAAUUAUCCCUCCAAACAAAAAAAAUUUUAAUUAAAAUCCUCUGAGGCCAUUUUCCGUCUCUGGAAUAACAUUCAUUGGUUUAGGUUGGUUUUGCAUGUGUACUCAAAUCCAUAUAAGAUUCUCUGUUUUAACCGUUUUUACAUGUACAGUUCAGUAUAUCCACAUGUUUGUGUAGCUAUCACUUCUACUCAUCCCAGAAUCUUCUCAUCAUCUUACUCGGAAUCUCUGUACCAGUUGAUUGCCAAGUCACUAGUCUUGCCUCCCCAGCCCUGGUAACUAACCAUCCCUCUACUUUGUGUCACCGUGAACUUCACUAUUCCGAGAACCAUACAAGUGGAUUUACAUAGUACUCUUCUUUUUGUGACUGCCUUAUGUCAAGUAAUAGCCAGUCUUCCAAGUUCAUCCAUGUUGUAGCAUUCAUCAGAAUGUCACUCUCUUUCAAAGCUGAAAAUAAUCUAUGGUGUGUAUCUUCUACAGUCUGUUUCUCCUGCCUGUCCAUGAAUGGACUUCCAACAUCUAUCAAUCCCACAGGGCAAUUUUGAACCAAAAUUUAAGCAAGCUUUAAUUAAAAAACUGGUCAGUAUGAUGAA